UGUUCAUACGCGUGUUUGUCGGUACCGGCGAGCGUCGCACCUCAGUCAGCGUCGCGACGCCGCAAGCACAACUUGACUCCUUCUCUCUAACAAAGUAAUAAAAAAAAAAAAAAAAAAUCAAUUUAUAUAUGUAAAUAAUAGAUUAAAAUAAUAUUUAGAAAAAUUUGUUUGUAAUUUUAAAUUAAAAUUAGGUGUUUAAUAAAUAAAAUAAAAAGAGAAUGUUAGAUGGGGGGUGGUGAUGGUCAUUUUCGAGUGACGCUUUCGGUCAGAAAGGAGCCUGGUGCUGGUCCUGUUUAUUGUAAAAUGGAAUCAGGAAGUAGAUUUCGUCAACUUAAAACAGUUAAGCUAAGCUGUGAUACAACUUAUCGUUUUGACAUCAGCUUUAAACCACCCCAACUAUUGCAAUCAUUGCAAAUUGAUGGAAAAGAAGCUGAACCAAUUGAACGUUCACGUGAUGGUACAGCAUGUGCAUACAGUGUUUAUCACAGUACAAAUGAUGUACAACCUUGUGCACGUGGUCAUCGUGAAGAAUUACAAAUAGCUAUGAGAGUAUUGGCCUCUGGUUAUUUAACAACAUGUUUACAAAUUAAAUACUACAAACCAGAUGAUCAAUCACACUGUGAAUGGGGAUCAAGAUUACAUUGCAUAGAAUUAGAUUGUACAAGUGCAGAUGAAGGAAGUCUUGUUACUGUUGACAAGGAAACAUAUCGGAAAUUGGGCAUUGAAUCCUAGCAAUUUGUAGAAAAUUAUAAUAUUAAAAAUAAGACACAAUCUAAAAUAUCAAUUAGUGAAACAUCAUUAGUCAAUAAUGAUUGGUGGAAAUUUACAUGAAAGUAAUAUUUUUUAUUAAUUAUUUUUAAAUUAUAUUACACAAAAAAUACAGAUACAAAUUAUUGUAUGUUUUUAGUUAAAAAAAAAAAACCAUUUUCUGUAUUUUUUUUUUAUAAAAUUUUCACGGUAUAAAUUUGAUAAUAACUUUUCCAAUAAUUAAUUAAUUUCACUCGUAAAUUAUAACAAAAAAAAAGUAAUUUUUUUUUUAUUAAUUGGCUUUAAUUGUAUAGUAUUCAAAUUAAAAUUAAAAAAAUAUUAAUUUUCAAUUUUAACAAGUAAUAUUAAUACUUUCAAAUGAAAACUCUAUUUUUUUUUUAUUUUUUUUUUUAAAUUAAUUAGCAACGCAAUUGUAGAGUAAAAAUUAAAAAUAAAAAUCUUUUUUAAAAUUGAAACUUUGUAAUUAAUAACUAUAUAUAAUUAAAAAUUAUUUAAAAUUUAAUAAUAAAAACAUUAUUAAAAAGUGAUAUAGACAUUUGAAAAAUAAAAUGAAAUUUUUUUUCUAAAUUAAUUGGCAAUAACAAUUGUAGAAUAAAAAAUUAAAAUGAAUUUUUUUUUAGUUAAUAAAUUGUUAAAAUUAAAUAACUUCAAAAAUAUUUAAAAUAAUUAAUAAAAAAUUAUUAAAAAGAGUGAUAUAUGAAAAAAAAUAUAAAAAAUAUUAAGAAAUAUUGUGAUGAAAAAUGACGGAUAUAAAUAUGUUGAUGAGACCUAUCUAUUAGCAAUCAUAGUAUAAUUUUCUUGCAACACGAAAAUCGAUUACAAUUGCGGGUCGGUUGUUGGGCGCCACACUGACAAUGCACUGCAAUUUAUUUAUGUGAGUAAUCCCACUACCAAUGCUAUAUCACAAAUCAAUGCCAACCUAUUUUUCAUUUUAAUUAAAUAAUCGAAAUAAAACAAACUUUAAAAACUAAAAAAAAAAAUACAAAAAAACUCUAUAUACACUUUAAAUUAUUAAUUUUCAAACUCACAAAUUUUAUACCAUUUUUUUUUUCCUUUUUUAUAAAAAAAAUAUAAAUAAUUAAUGGAUUAUAAAAAUGACAAUGUUUACUAAUUAAUUUUUCAAUUAAUUUUUCAUAUAUAUAAUUGUUAAAUAAUAAAAAUAUAUAUAUUUAUUAUUAUAUUCAUAUAAAUGUGAAUAUUUUUUGCGCAGCUUUAGUAAUAAAUAUUUUACAUGAUACUAUUAUCAUUAUGAAAACAACGAGCUAAAUAAAAAAAUUAAAAAAAUUGUAGUGCCUGGGCUUUUUAAGUAUUAAAUAAUUUAUAUUAAUUUAAUAUUAAUAAAUAAAUUUUAAACUAUUUUUCAACGAAAGGAAAAAAAAAUAAAAUACAAAUAAAAAAAGAAAUUUUAUAUAUCAGUUUAUUAAAUGAAGGUUUUUCAAAAAUAAUUGUAUUACAUAUCACUUGUAUUUACAUGUAAAACAAAGUGUAUAAAAAUAAUAAUAAAAAGUAAAUGAAUAAAGCA